ACACUUCUCAUUCCAGUCUUUAGACAAUCUUUGAUUUCUACGACUUCCAUCGGUCCGAUAUCGAACGUUAGCUUCUCUCCUGUCUCCGCCUGAAAAGUCACGCGAUUGUUUGUCACACCAAAAGUCUCCCGCCCAAAUUCCUACAAAGCACCUCAAAGUCCCGGUGCAUCAUUGCCCACGCCAUCACUCACUCACUCACCACAACACUGUCGAUACUUGAGCCGUAAUAGCAUCUCCGACUGAACUCGAAGGAACCACCUCAAUCGAUCGACACUCCUUCGAAAUCAUGGCGACCGAAAACGUUCCCCAGACAAACGGCAGCUACACCUCCAACCAGGGCUAUGCGGGCGGCGAUCAGAACAACUACCCAGCCUAUAAUUCGUCCUCUCAGGCGACCGCGAACGCGCCGACUACUUCCUCCACUUCCACCACCGCUACCUCCCAACAAGAUGUCUCCAAGGAUGAGGUUGGUUGGUACUUCGUCGAGCAGUACUACACAACCCUCAGCCGCACCCCCGAACGAUUGUACCUUUUCUACAACAAGCGGUCACAAUUUGUCUCUGGUCAGGAAACUGACAAGGUUGACGUCUGUGUUGGUCAGCGUGCGAUCAAUGACAAAAUCCAAGAGCUCGACUUUCAGGACUGCAAGGUUCGCGUGACCAAUGUUGAUUCGCAAGCAUCUGAUUCCAACAUCGUCAUUCAAGUCAUUGGCGAGAUCUCCAACAAAUCCCAGCCACACAAGAAAUUCACACAGACCUUCGUCCUUGCUACACAGACUAAUGGCUACUUCGUCUUGAACGACAUUUUCCGAUAUCUAGCAGAGGAUGACGAGGAGGCGGAGGUCGAGACACACAACCAGCCAGAAGAGACGCAAGCCAGCCAGGUGUCAGCACCUACCGAUCCUGAGCCAAAGACCCUCGCAGACCCUGUCGCGGUUGAGACAGUGGACAAGUCACUCGAGGAGACCGCUGCCCAGGACAAAUCUGCAGAGGAGAAGACCACUGCCACGGUCAAUGGUGAUGAUUCUGCUGCUGAGGGAGAGAAGGAGCCUGCUGCGACCCCUGUGGCUGUUCCUACCGAAGGCUCUAAGCAAGCGCCAACAGGAGAAUCUGAACCAAAGUCGGAAGUCCCGAAGGAGCCCGAACCCACUCGUGCCGCUACUCCGGUCGCUGUUCCGGCCGCAAAGCCUGCUCCUGCAACGAAGCCAGCUGCGCCGGUGCCCGCUGUGCCCAAGACUUGGGCAACCCUCGCUGCUGCCGCAAACAAGGUUGCCACUCCUAUCAUCCCGAACCAAUCGUCUGCUGCACCUAAGCAGCCCAAGCCAUCCGCGCCUAGCGCAACUGUAAUUACUCCGGCGAACCAAGCCGGCGCGGACGCGGCAAGUACGACUAGCGCGACCACCGCUCCGACCUCCGCUCCGACCGCUCCAGCCGCCAAGGACGGACAAGACGAGGAGUGGACUGCAGUCGGUGGGAGCCACAACCGCCAGACCUCACGCCAAGUUGCCCCAGCACCCGUUGAACCACAGCAGUACCGCGGCUACAUCAAGAAUGUCUCUGAAAACAUUGCGCAUGACGAGUUGAAGGCCCAGCUAGAGCAGUUUGGCGAGCUGGCUCACUUCGACAUUGCUCGUGCUCCCAAGAACUGUGCUUUUGUCGAUUACAAAACCGCCGAAGGGUUCAAGAACGCGCUCAGUACCCCGUUCGAGAUGCAGGGUGACAAGCUGUUCGUCGAGGAGCGACGUGCUCCUCGCCAGAACGGCCCGGGUUUCCCUCGUGGCAACUAUCAAGGCCGUGGCGGCCGCGGCGGGCCAGGCAGCCAAGGUCCUCCACGCGGCGGCGCCAACUUCCCUCAGGGAAACCGUGGUAACUUUGGCCCUCGUGGUCGUGGCGGUCCAGGUGGACCAUCGGCUCCUCGCGGUGGCAGGGGCCAAGCACAGUAAGACCGCGUUGGUCCUCUGCUCCAUUGACGACUUCGGACUUUUCCAACAUGUAUAACAAGGCAACCUUCUGGCCACUUUCUUUCCUUUCACAGAGCAGCAUGCUUUCAUCGUCACAGCAAGCGGGCGCAGGGCGGAAUACAGGAUGUUGUUUAUUGCUUUCACUGCCGAGGACUGGUGGAGAAGUUUGCAUAGCAAGGCGACUCGAUCUGCUGUGCUUCAAGAUUUAUUGUGGGUCAUACUUCUCGGGGUAGGAAGGCAGCUUGUGUACCAAUACUAUUGUGAACUGUAACGGCUUGGCCUUGGCCGCGAUGCUUGUAUCCGGUCCUCAGGCAAGGGUGUUACCAAAGUCAGCAGUACAUGGCGAUUUAUGGCGAUGCUCGGACGGACUCAAAGGAAACGAUACAUGAAUCACUCU